AUGCUCCUGAACCACGUAGGAGGAGCCGCGAGCGAUGAUUCAGCAAAUGGGAACUUCCAUCACGACAAUGUGGCAACAUGGGAGCCAUUUUGGCUGCGGCGGACUGUGCUGAGCAUCUUCUUGGCUUGGUUCUUCUGCUGCGCCGCCAUACUCUUGGUUUUACUGCUUCUUUCCAAGCGCGAUGGUGGGAUCGGUCAGGGCCAUCAUGACCUGGUUUACGUGUAUAGGUUUGUUCCAGCAGCCGUCCUCACCCUCGUGGCGGUCUUUUUGUCCCGCGUUGAGUUGCAGGUGUUUAGAUAUCUGCCCUGGGCAUUUCUGCAAACCCAUGAUGGCCUGAACUCGGAAGUAUACACCCUCGACUAUACCUCAAUGAUCCUUCCCAAGGUUCUAUUCUGGUCUGUCCAACGAAGGCACUUCUUCGUCACGCUUGCUGCCGUCUCGACUAUAAUAGCCAGGGUUCAAAUCAUCCUCUCUCCCGCGCUUUUCCAGCUGGAGCCUAGACUGGCCUGGGAUCCUGUUGACGUCCGACUCAUGGAUUCUUUUGCCGUGUCAGAGAACGUCACGAAUACCACCGCCGAGGCUUCCUUCUAUCACAGAAAGGCUAUGCUCGACUUUGAUAUGGAAUACCCUUUUGGCGUAGCAAGCCAGGGUGCAUACCAGACAUACGAGGCCUCAACUCAGAGCGAUAACACUCGAGGCACUCGCGACUACCCUUUGCGUCUCACCGUUGACGGAUUGUUCAUGGAUACCCAGUGCGCCGAGAUGAGAAGCUACGACCUCACCUCGGAGAAGGCGGCGGAUGUGUCGUAUAGGAAGUACACGCAAAAUGGCAAGGUGAUUUCCGGUAUAGACAUCACCCUCGACUUCCAAUUUGAAUCUUGCGAUAAGCCUGUCAGGACAAAUACCGUGAUCGCAGAUUACACCAAGAUAGGCGAAGCUUGGUGGGCAAUGCUUGACGUAGAACAGCCGCCUUCCUGCUCUUCACUACCACAGCGCCAUCCGCCAUUUGUAUACUAUGGAUGUUGGUUCGACACGGCGGGCAAGAAUGGAACGGUGCCGCCCAAGAGUAGCCAGUGUGCUGCCGUCAUGUGCUCCUCAACCGCAUGGACAUCCAAAGUCGCUGUUGAUGAUUACGGUUCUACUCCGGAACUGACCAUUCCCCCUCAACAAGAAGAUACCCAGAUCAUUUCGAACCCUUGGGCAAUGCUGGCUAAAUCAAUACCCAGCCUCGAAGGGGGGUGGACGAAAUAUCACACGGCGGGGAAUAUCAUCAUUGGGCCGCUCGACACGUUGUACGAAAUCCGUGGCAAGGUUGCGAACAGGACACUCAUGUCGAACUACCAGAACGACGUUCUCAAACAAGCCGUGGCAAACGUGACAGAGAUGUUCUGGCCCCUUGUCGCUCACUAUCAUUUUCGACAGGACCGUGCGUCUGAGAUACAAGGCUCUUCUUUACUGGAGACAGAAGCACUCCGGGUAAAUCAGGGUGUGUGCAUAGCUAUGCUCAUCCUCUUUUGCGUCUCCAUGCUUAUCAUUGUCUGCAUCAUACGUCAGUCUACAGAAGUGUCCCAGGUGUGGCACAGGAACCCCGCGACAAUUCUGGGGUCCAUGGCGUUCUUGCAGCGCAAAACGGACAUUGUUCAACCUGCUACUGUGAGCCGCGCACAAGAACAGGAAGACGGCAAGAUAUGGGGGCAUACCAACUUCUCCAUGCUGGUCCUCAGAUCGCGAUAUCGCGCCAUCUUCACCGUUUACGUCCUUGCGCUCAUCGUUGCCCUAUCUACCACCCUCGCCGUGUCACAAAGAUCCGAUGGGCUAGGGACUAUCGGAAAUGAUGUGUACAUUCCAUUUCUUUGGAGGGUAAUCCCAGCACUAGCCAUGUUUGGGGUAGCUUUAUAUACCACCACAGUCGACUUCGUGAUUCGAGACCUAGCCAUUUUGUCCAAGCUGGCAACGAGUUAUUGCACAGCAGCCGAGCUAGACACAUCACUCCUUGACAUGCUUGGAUUCAGAGCUUUGUACCAUUCAUUUCGGCUGAGGGUCUAUACCGUCUCCGUCUCUCAAACCCUUGCCGCCAUUUGCGCCUUCUUGGUAGCCUUCACCUCCCUUUUGUUCAAUCCUGAGACUGUUGCGGGUCACAACAGCUGGGAAUUCCCACAAGCAAGUUGGUUCGGGUCUUUCGACGCCGACAACCAAACAUCAUUGGCCCAAGGUAAUACCUUUGCCAUUGUCAAGAGCCUUGUCCUCACACAAAGUCUAUCAAACUUCACAUAUCCAAAGUCCACCUAUGGCGACCUACUCUUCCCAACUGUUGAUUUCAACAGCUCAGAUUGGGGCAACCAAGCGGAUCACUCCAUUAGACUUGACAUACCAGCCGCAAAGCUGGCCCCCACCUGUUCCAAAGUUCCCCAGAGCAACCUGAACAUAACUGUCAAGGACUGGAGUAAAGAGAAUGUAAAGUGGGCUGGUGAGCCCCCUUCUUUCUACGUAACGAUUAUCCAAGACAACAAAUGUGCUGCUCCACCCGUCGAGUAUACUGUCAACAACGAGACUCGAUACAGCGAGACCAGGGUCAGCGAGAUGAUCCAGCUGGAACAAGCUGUUGUCAAAAAUGGUUACGUGUACAUGGCCAGCGUGUUGCCCACCCCAGAGACUGCGGACGCGACACUUUGUGGCCCCAAGGUCGGGCCAAGCUGGGCUCUGCGCACCUAUUUCUGGGGCAACUUUUCAGCCGAGACCGUAUCCUUUACGUAUCUCUCCGCCUGGAAGUGCAACUACACUUGGGCUGAAGUUCCUACCAGUGUUCAGAUGAUUCAGGUCAAUGGGGAGCUACAAAUCGACCACGGCAAUCCCCCUGUCCCUGAUAAUGACAACGCCCGGCCAUGGGACCCGCCCUUUACCAUCCCCAAGUUUGGCUAUUCGGGAUUUUCUCAUGGAGAUGAGGCUUUCCCUGACAUCGAAAGCCAGAAUACUCUUGUAGAUGGCUUUUCUCCUCAUUUCGCAACCAUCCUAGAGCCCUUUGGCAAAAUCAAGGCCGAGGAGUUCGGCAUGCCAGGGGCAGAGGACAGAAUCCUCGACGCACUGCAUUAUAAUCUCGGAUUUGUAGGUACCCAGUUAGCAAACAAACAGAACCGUUUCGCAAUCAACGAAACCUCGGCAGCAGAGUCGCCUGCCACCCCAUCCCUGCUUCCCGUCAAGGCAGACCUUAUAGACGAAAAGCGACGUCGAUUAGUUCAAAGCCCAUCAAUCACCUAUAUCAUUAUGUCCAUCUUGGCACUGGUAGCCGUUGUCAAUAUCUGGGCACUGGCGUCGGCAUUUAUCAAGAAUCAAGUCGGCGAGGAUCGGGGUUGGCUACUUGACAUGGAGCUCAAAGGGCUGGUCCCUGACGGGUUCGGGAGCAUCGCGACGAUGUCUGCCCUGCUUCACUCAUCGAAUUCCCUCCAGCGCCUACCAGAGGCUGCUCACAUGAUGUCGCCGAGCCAGCUUUACCAAUACUUGGCCGGGACAAGAUAUCAGAAGGGGUGGUUUUUGGAAAAGGAGAACGAUGAGAAGCACUAUACGGUUGGGGUGACGGAUGACGACAAGUUCCAAUAUCUGGGGAAGAGGAAGAGCAUGCAUUAA